AUGGCGGCGCCUGUGAAUUUGUCGGCAGAAAUUGCUAAUCUUCAUGCUGAAAUUACGAGACUCGAGACGGGGUUCUAUGAGAAUGUCAACUCGUUCUUUCUCUGCUCCAUGGCUCUGAUCAUCUUUUUCAUGCAAUGCGGUUUUGCAUAUCUUGAAGCAGGAGCCGUCCGUAGUAAGAACACCACCAACAUUCUUAUAAAAAAUCUUCUUGACUCUUGUAUUUGCAUCAUCGGGUAUUGGGCAAUCGGAUGGGCAUUAGCGUAUGGUGAUUCUGGAGAAGGUGUGAACCUUUUCGUUGGUCACUCCCAGUUCUUUCUUUCUGGAUUCUCUGACUAUCCCCGAUUUUUCUUCCAAUACGUAUUCUCUGCCACUGCGGCUACUAUUGUGUCUGGCGCCGUCGCCGAACGAUGCGAAUUUAUCACCUAUGUGACGUACUGUACAGUUAUUUCAACAUUCAUAUACCCGAUUCUUACCCAUUGGGGAUGGGCGGAGAGUGGAUGGAUGGCAAGAGGUAUCACCAGUGGAAUUAUUGACACGAAAUAUGACGAUUUCGCCGGGUCUGGAGUCGUCCAUCUCUGCGGGGGGUCCAUUUCUUUUCUGGCCGCAUGGUUUAUGGGACCUAGAAUCGGAAAGUUCCCUGAAAACGAGGAUGACGAAUCGGACGAAAUUCUUGGUCACUCUGUUCCAUUCACCGCUUUGGGAGGAUUCAUUCUGAUGUUCGGUUUCUUGGCAUUCAACGGAGGAUCUGUUGCUAGUAUUUCUCACGCCGGAGACGGACAUACUGUAGCACUUGCCAUGGUCAACACAAUUCUCAGUGGUGCAUUCGCGGCUCUCAUCUACCUCGGUGUUCACUAUUAUAAUCAUGGAAAAUGGACCCUUCUUUUGACAAUCAACGCAUGCUUGAGCGGUAUGGUAGCCGCAUGUGCUGGAUGUAACAAAAUGGAGCCAUGGGCAUGUAUCUGGGUUGGAGUUGGAGCUGGAUUGAUUUACUUGGCUCUCAGUAAAAUGAUGAUCAGACUGAAGAUUGAUGACCCACUGGAUGCCUUCGCCGUUCACGCUGGUGGUGGUUUCUGGGGACUCAUGUCAUCUUCAAUCAUCUCUCACGGAGGUGUCGUUUAUGCUCUUGCUGAUGCUGUGUCUGGAGCGGAGAAUUCGGGAGAUCACCUCUCUCAAGCUUUUGCUCAACUCGGUUGGCAGAUGAUUUGUGCAUUGGCAAUUGUGGUUUGGUCAGUCUCAUUCAUGUUCCCAAUCUUCUGGCUUCUCAAGAAGACCGGCAAACUACGUGUCUCGGAAGAGGUCGAGAUCAACGGAUUGGACGUUUUCAAGCACGGAGAAAUGGCCUACCCACUCAGAGCCUACGGUCAUGGAUGGCAUGAUUUUGAAAGAGCCAACAAGAUCCAAGCGUUCAGUUCCAAGAUCACAGUAGGAGAGGGAAAAAACACCAGAAUCAUGAAAAUCCAUCCAGAAAUGUCCAUUGAGCAGUUGGCAUCCGUGUAUGAUAGAAGUGGAAACAUAAUUCCAAUGCCAAAGAAGUCGCGUACAUUGUUCACAAAUCCAUCGGAGAGAAAACUGUCACAGAUGAUAUACAACGAGAAUAAGAUGUGA